AUUACCCGGGCAUGCAUUGGUAAAUACGGAUUAAACUGUAAAUAAAUAGGAACAUUCUAGAGAUUUCAAUUCUUCAAAAAGAAGCAAAGAGUACGUCGCACGAUAAUGGCGACUUGUAAGUUGUAAUAUGGCAAGGGAGAAGGCGGGAGGAAAAAAAUUAUUUGGAAAUUUGAAAUUCAAAUGCGUAAAAAAAGAAACCACCGUUGUGACGAAAGAAAUAAAUAACACGAAUAAAUAAGAAAAACCCUCAUUUCUUUAUCACUCACCUCUCGCUCGCUCGUGUCGGUAGGCGCUCCGAUUCUGAAGUCUGUAACCCUCUGCAGUCUGCUCCCUCCCGCAACCGUUCUCUCUCUCUACCCCUUGAAGUCGCAGGUACAAACUUCUGAUCUCCUCCUCGUUCCGCUCUUCUUCCUGUAAUUCCUCCAUUGGCAGCCUGGAAGAGAAUCGAAUCGUCUCGCAUGUGUACUUUAUACUUCUUCGGUUCCAUUUCCUGAUUUCUCAUAAUCUCUGCUUGAUUUUAACGCAGUUCGAGAAUCUGUUGGCGUCUUUGUUCUUGAUUCAGCGGGAAAAUCUUGCGCUAGCGACGAGAUGGGGCAGAUCCAGUACUCCGAGAAGUAUUUCGAUGACACUUACGAGUACAGGCACGUCGUCCUUCCUCCUGAAGUGGCCAAGCUGCUUCCCAAGAAUCGCCUUCUCUCUGAGAACGAGUGGCGCGCAAUCGGUGUGCAGCAGAGCCGUGGAUGGGUUCACUACGCCAUCCAUCGACCCGAGCCACACAUCAUGCUGUUCAGGAGGCCUCUCAACUAUCAGCAGCAACAGGAGGCUCAAGCCCAGCAGACCAUGGUUGCUUAAAACUCAAAGUGCAGCUGUGCAUUUCCAAAAGUCUGAUGCUGCCAUAUAAUACUACUGAAGCAUUACAUAGUCCCUCUCUCUCUCUAGUGGUUUAUUCUGUGUAAACCCACCCUAAUGAACUGAUGAUUUCCGGGGUAUUCGUGUCGUCAGUUCUGUCUAGUAGAUGUUCAUGUUCUGUGCCCGUGUGGUUCUGCGAUUGUCAUGAAUUCGUGGUCGAAUGCUGAUAUGGGUUUUAGUGCGAAUUUUCAUCUGAGUGUUUACAUUUGUAGUUCUCGAUCUUACGUCUUGUUUGCUUUUCACAGUGUUGGCAUUGGCAAAUUCCAAAUUAUCUGUUGGUUGCAAGAUUUAUGUUGUGCAGGUCCUCGUUUUAUCAGUAGCUGCGAUACUGAUAACAGCCAACUGUAACUAGGCUGCAUACUACUAUUUCUCUCUUGACAAUUCAUGAAUGAGAAGAUGGACUAUCGGCUUAAGUCUAUAGUGCUUAUGUCCAUUGGCAGCCUGGUCAUGAAUGAAUCGUCUCUCGCAUGCGUAGUCGAUACAUCUUCUCGAUUAAUAGACAAUCGCCAUUGCU